AUGUCACGGACAAUCGGUCAGGCUGCUCCAUCUUUCUUGUUCCUUCAAAGAAGGACAUUCACCUCUAUAUCUCGUUUCCUACUCAGAUAUCACAGACAUGGCGACAGCUCCUCAGCCCUCCCGGCAUCUACCCCGCUCACUGCUGAAGUGGCUGAAAAUUUGGGCAUUCUGCCCGCGUCUCACUGGCAUCAUGAUGAGGAUGAUGCAGGAGCCGAUACUGAUGAUACCGCUUCCACCAUCGGCUCCAUUACCUCCAGUACUGCUUCUCUCUCCGAGAGCAUUUUUGAAUACCGGCAGGUCCUCGGCAGGACGUACCACAGGGAUGUCGGCACUGCUGAAGCAUGGCAACCAAACGAUCCUCGUCACAUCGAAGCUAUGGAUCUCUUCCAUCAUCUGCAGACGCUUAUUCUGUCCGGGAAGCUUUUCCGUGCACCGCUUUCCAAGAGCAUUCAAAAGUCAUCCAUAUCGGAACCGGCACCGGUAUUUGGUUUGAUUGGCAUUGUCGAGGACUGGGAACGGUAUUACCAGCAGGCCUUCCGUUGUUGCAAACCGGGAGGUUAUGUUGAGGAUCUUACCAACGGCGUCGUCCUGGACAGCGAUGACGGAACUGUCAAGGAAGGCGGUGCCCUUCAUCAAUGGGGAAAGGUCUUUCACGAAGGCGGUAGGAAGCUUGGAAGAACCUUCAAGGUGAUUGAGUUGGGACUGCACAAGAAGGCCAUGGAGAAGGCCGGCUUCGUUGACAUUGUGAUUGAGGACUACAAAGUGCCCAUUGGUCCUUGGCCAGAGGACAAAAAACGGAACGAACUGGGUACCUGGGCCAAGAUUGCUAUGGAGUCGGAUCUUGAAGGAUAUGUCAACUACAUCUGGGGAUUCGUGUUGGGCUGGGCUCCGGAAGAGAUCAGCCAAUACUGCGCUGCUGUGAGGAGAGAACUGAAGAACCCCAACAUCCAUUCCUACUAUAGGACUCGGGUGGCCUACGGCCGGAAGCCGGAGUAG